AUACUUCCAAAUUUGUGGACUAUAUGAGUAGCUGACUGAAAACCUCCUCUAACAAUUUAGGAUUCUUCUAUUCUAUUUCUCAGUUUUUUCUUGAGGAUCUCAUCUUCCAAAAUUUGAAUUUAGAAACAAAGAAUUUUCAGCAAGGGAAGAAGGUGGGAUUGCGAUUGUGAUUUUGAUUCAUGGAUGUGUAUUCAUGGUUCCGGCGAAGUCUAUCUAGAACUACUACUACGACCACCACCACCGUUACUGCUCAACCUUACUUUAAGGAGGACGAACUACUCUACGGCGUCACUGACCAAUUACUCGAUUUUAUCAAAUCCUUCUCCAUUGAUACCUUUCGCAACUUCUCUCUCCCAGAUGAGGAGGAUGUUAACAACGACGGUGGUGGAGAUAAUGUACGGAAAGAUCUAUCUGAUUGGCAACAACGUCAUGCUUUGCUUGUUCUUUCCAAACUCAAGGAACUCUCACAACUGAGGUUCAAAUUAUGUCCACGUUAUUUGAAGGAGCACCAGUUUUGGACGAUAUAUUUUGGACUUGUUAAGGGUUAUAUUGCCAAAUAUGAGCUACGAGCUAUACAAUUAGAUACGCUCAAACAGAUAAGAAAGGAAAAUGAAAAUGCACCAGAUGUUUCUGCAUGCGAAGUUGAGAUGUCUGAAGCAAAGCAAACAACAGAUGUAUCACCUACAACUUCUGAGGAGCACAAUUAGUAUCUCCCUUGGAUAUAUCAUUAGUUAUCAGGUAUGCAUUCAUUUCUCCGGUCCUGAAUCAACCUAUUUGUUAAGCAAGCAAGUUCAUGCUCAAAUUUUAUGCAGCAAAAACCUUCAUGUUUUUCUCAAUUCCACCUUAAAACCAUCAGUGCAAGAAAAGUGCCCCAUCAAUGAGCAACUGUCAAGUGUGCCUUCCUGUUCCUGGCAUGUGUAUUGAAGGCAAUGUAAAGAAACUAAAACAGAAUAUCUGAACAUUCUGAUUUAUGUUAAUAAAAAACUGGAAGUCAAGCAAAAUUAUAGAUGAAAAUGGAAAAUGAAACUGAUUGUUGAAAUUGGAAAUGCAUGGACAUCGAGAAAAGGGAGAAACUAUUUCAAAUACUGACGUGUCACUUGAUCGCUUUUGAUGUACCUGUGUUACUGGAAUUGAUUAUCUGGUAUUAAUCUGCUACUAAAUCAAGCUGUUUGUUAUUAAAUCCAUUGAGCAAGUUCAUGCAGAGAUUUGAUUAAAAAGCACCACUGCCAUUCAUUUAUCUUAACUUCACCAUAUAGCCUAUUUAAUGCAACUGAGCAAUGCCCGCAUAAGAGCAGUUCUUAAGUGUGCACGUGUCUCUGGCACGAGUAUGCAAGGCAAUGUGGGAAAUAUAGUUGAAAAAUGGUGAAUGAAAUAGAAAUGUUGUAAUUUGCAAAGGCAGAUAUUCAAGAAUGGGAAGCAAGUUUGCUCGUGUCCCUAGCAUGAGUAUCUAAGGCAAUGUAGGGAAAAUAGUUGAAAAAUGGAAAGUGAAACAGAAUAUCUGAGAUUAUCAAGGCAAAAAAGGGUAGUUCGGUGCACUGAGCACCCGCUAUGCGCGCGUGGGGAGGGGAAGAAGGGCUGGAGGUCUGGCAGCCUUACCUUGCAUUUUUACAAGAGACUGUUUCCACGGCUUGACUCGUGACCUCCUAGUCACACUGCGGCAACUUUUACCAUUGCGCCAAAGCUUCCCUUAAAAAAGGGGAGGAUAUUCAAAAAUGGGAAGUAAGUGAGCUCAUGUCCCUGGCAUGAGUAUUUAAGGCAAUGUAGGGUAUAUAGUGGAAAAUGGAAAUAAAAUUUCUGAAACAUGUGAUUGAAUAUUCGAAAAAGGAAGCUGCUAGCAGAGGUGAUAAUGAAAAAAAGUCUAGUUGUAAUUUAAAAUCUAUGGACACCGUGAAAGAUACAACAACAACAACAUACCCAGUAAAAUCCCAUUAGUGGGGUCUGGGGAGGGUAGGAUGUACGCAGACCUUACCUCUACCCUGGAAGGGUAGAGAGGCUGUUUUCGGGAGACCCUCGGCAACAGAAGAGGUAAUAAUUUCAGAAAAGAAACGAAAGAAGAGAUUUGUAACAAUAAAAGAAGCAAGAGAAGUAAUAAUAAUAUCUUAAAAUAUACCAAAUAAGUGAAGGGAGUGCAAUAAUACAAUCAUAUGCAAAACAAUAAAAUAGUGUGAACACAACAUAGACCGCUACCAGACAUAGGCAAAACUCUAUCAGACUACCCGGUACAAAAAGGGAAAAACUAUGAACUAUCCCCUAGCCUACAACCCUAAUGCUCGACCUCCGCACGUUCCUAUCAAGAGUCAUGUCCUCGGAAAUCUGGAGUCGCGCCAUGUCUUGCCUGAUCACCUCGCCCCAAUUCUUCUUAGGUCGCCCUCUACCUCUUCUCGUACUUGGCAAAGCCAACCGUUCGCACCUCCUAAUCGGGGAAUCUAUGGUUCUCCUCCGCACGUGUCCAAACCACCUAAGCCUCGCUUCCCGCAUCUUGUCGUCCACUGGAGCAACGCCCAUCUUUUCCCGAAUAUCUUCAUUCCUUAUCUUAUCCAGUUUAGUAUGCCCGCACAUCCAUUUCAAUAUCCUCAUCUCGGCUACCUUCAUCUUCUAGAUAUGUGAAUUCUUAACUGGCCAACACUCAGCCUCAUAUAACAUAGCCGGCCUAACCACCGCUCUGUAGAACUUACCUUUGAGUUUCGGUGGUACCCUUUUGUCACACAGGACUCCAGAUGCUAACCGUCAUUUCAUCCACCCCACCCCAAUGCGGUGCGUGACAUCCCCGUCAAUCUCCCCAUCUCCCUAGAUAAUAGACCCUAGGUACUUGAAAUUCUCUCUCUUGGGGAUGACUUGUGAGUCGAGCCUCACCACCCCAUCCGCUUCCUCCGACACGCCGCUGAACUUACACUCCAGAUAUUCCGUCUUGGUCCUACUCAACUUGAAACCUUUGGACUCCAGAGCCUGCCUCCACACCUCCAGUCUCUCAUUAAAACUGCUACGCGACUCAUCGAUCAGAACUAUAUCAUCAACGAACAACAUACACCAUGGCACCUCCCCUUGAAUAUGAUGUGUCAAGGCAUCCAUCGUCAGAGCAAAUAAGAAUGGGCUAAGCGCCGAUCCUUGGUGUAACCCCAUAAUCACCGGAAAAAGCUCGGAGUCACUGCUCUGUCAUGCAUAUCCUUUAUCGAUUCAAUGUAUGCUACCGGCACCCCUUUCACUUCCAAGCAUCACCAAAGAACGUCCCUAGGGACCCUGUCAUAUGCCUUUUCUAGAUCAAUAAACACCAUGUGCAAAUCCCUCUUCCUCUCCCUGUGUUGUUCCACCAGCCUCCUUAUAAGGUGAAUAGCUUCCGUAAUAGAACGUCCCGACAUGAACCCGAACUGAUUUUCAGAAAUAGAUACCGCCCUCCGCACCCUCCCUUCCACCACCCUCUCCUAAACUUUCAUGGUAUGACUUAACAACUUGAUGCCCCUAUAAUCGUUACAAUUCUGGAUAUCACCUUUAUUCUUACACAACGGAAUCAUCAAACUACAUCUCCACUCAUCUGACAUCCUCUUCGUCUUGAAAAUAACAUUAAACAACCCAGUCAACCAUUCUAAGCCCGCUCUACCCACAUACCUCCAAAAUUCUACUGGAAUCUCGUCUUGUCCUGUCGCUUUGCCCCGACUCAUCUUACCCACAGCUCCCACUACCUCCUCAACCUUGAUACGAUGAGAAGAUAUUUUUACAAUGUGAUUUCUUAAUUAAGUUUUUUUACUGUGUCGCUGAUUCUGACUGCAAUUGCCUGAUGCCAUUUGCUUUUGGAUUGCCAAGAUUUUCUUCUCCUUCAACCUGUCAGGUUAGAUGAUAUUUCUUCAUAUAAAUUGACACAAAUAUCAGUUGGAGUAAGGGAAGUGUUCCGCAGUGACCUUUAGAUUAUAGUGGACAUGUGAAAGGUGGCUGAAGCAGUGCCAUGUAUACCUAUUGUACAGCGACAUCUUAAUUCUCAAAUUGUCAUGUACAAGAGUGAGAGAUAGAAGAAACCACUGGCCCGAUAUGCCACGAGAGGCAGAAUCCGAUGUUCAUUAAGAUUUGUAGAAAGGAUGUGAAAAUUUGCCAUGGAUGGGGUUGGUUUGUUGUUUAUGAGCCCUUUUUGCUUAACUGAUUGAAAUUAAGGGAUAAGCACAAUUCCUAAAGUUGAUUUUGUAAAUAAGUUGUUACAUGUUUGGAUAGGGAGUGCUAAAACUGAUACAACGUUAUUGAUGUAUUUGUAAAAAUGUUGAUAAGCACUUUUACAUUUGGAUA